AUGGCGCAGAAUACCUAUUACUCUCAAGCCCACUACGAUGCCAAUGCAGGUUCUUAUUCGUAUUCCUCUUACCCCCAACAAUCACAGCAGUAUGACCAUGUGAGUCCCCCUUCUUAUUCCCGAUAUCCUGUGCAAGAGCAAGGCAAUCAACCUGCACACAUGAACACGAGCCCUAUGUACUCCACUCAGUCGCACUCCCCUGUGCCACCAUUACAACCUGUAGUAUAUGGCUACCCACCGUAUGCACAACCGCCCUACAUGCCUUCUCCAUAUGACUCGAGAGGCUCCACUCAGCAACACAUCCCAUCAAUGUCUAUAUCCACUCGUCGACCGUUGCCUGAUCCUCAUAAUGGAUCACUAACGUCGAACGGCCAUGUGUCCCCAAGACCGGCGUCUUCUCCUGCUCCUCGUUCGCCGUCACAUCGACCGACUCAAUCUGCUUCCUCAAUCUUGAUAUCCCGGAACAGCCCUUCCAUUCCCGCAUCCCCUCCGAAGUCAACACCUGCGAUUAGCCCUCCACGUCCGCUACCACAGCCGCGACCGCAGGGGCUGCCGCGGUCUUCCGCACAGUCGAACUUAGCUCGAAGCCCUAGCCCUACUCGGACCAAUAGGGUUGAGACGCCACAGCCAACAGGUAUGCCAACGGGACAAAAAUUCGUUCCUCAUUGGAAACGCGCCCUUCCUGCGCCCAGCCAGCCAAUGGUAGCGGUAUCUUCGUCCUCUCCGGGACAGCAACCUGUUGAGCGUCGCAGUACCGUUUCCGGAUCAACGCCACCGCCAAUAUUGCAACGGACAACGAGCACAACACGACGGCCAUUGCCUAAGUCUCCAGCACCGUCUGCGUCCGGUCAUGAGCGCAGCUCUUCACACCCAUUGCCUCCGAUCCCAAUUAUGCCUACUGUUCCAAAUACGUCUUCACAUCAGCCUUCACAUUCACGGGAUGGAUCAUCUCGUGUGCUUCCAAAUGUCCCGCCGCAUUCACAGCGCCCAUCUACUUCCGUGUCAGGCUCAAGCACGAAUACAUCUGACGACGAAGAUUUGACAACACACGCCCUAUUAUCACGCCCGACAGCAGGGACUAGCCGUGUAUCUUCCGAGGUAUCGGAUGACCGGCAAAGUCCUAAAUAUGGUAUUCUCGAGCUGCCAUCACGUACCCGUCUUGCUCAAGGUAGCGAUCGGGCUUCAGAUUUGGGUGAGCAUGCGCAAAGUGCAACCUUGCGCAUGGCUGCGUCCUAUCUAGGAGAUAACAGAUCUCCGACGCAGUCUGUCCACGCAUUCAACCAUGAUACGACACCGUCCCGGCCGUUGUCGCGGGGGCAUGUUUAUUCACAGUCUGUUCCGGAAGCAAGUGCAGCAUUGAAGUACGGCCAGAUGCCUGCUUCACCAAAAGGCAGUACAACAAGUGCGUCGUCGCGAUGGCCAGCUCAUCUUCCACCGCUACCGAAAGCACCUGAUCCUAGAGACGGCGGUCGCGAAAGCCCUACUCGCGACAGUAGACGGCCCUUUUUCGGAGGAAGCACACCACAGUCUCCACGUCGUUCACCCACCGUGGACUUGAACCUAGACGAUGCGCCACCGCCUUCCUUGCGACGCUCGCCUUCGCCCGCCCUCUCAAAUCCGUAUUCAUUAGCAUCUCAGUCUUCUCACAGUGCGAAUAGUCCAUCGGGUGGCAAGCCGUUCCCACCGACAUCCAUACGCACCUCUUCCCUGGACCGCGCACCCGCGCCGCGGAAUACGGUUUCACCGUUCCAAACCGCAAAUACAUCGUCCCCUUUGUCCCCAUGGUCAUCAUCGAGAGUCCAUUCCCCUGUUUCGCCGGCCUCAGCGACGUCGGUGAGCUCCACAUUCACCCUUUCCGCGUUUCCGCGUCCACCGUCGUCGAGUGUGCCGUCGUCCCGUCCGCUUCCAUCCACAAGAGUAACUAGUCCGCCGGUAGUAUCACCUGUGUCAGCCGCCUCGACAGGCUCGUCUGUGACCUCGCUGUCCUCAUUCCCACAGCCUCCCCCGCGUUCUCCUGCUCAUGAUGCAUUCGAUGGCCAGAACAAAAACACGCUUGCAGGUGGUAACAUUAGCGGGGCGAGCACUCGCCAAACGAUACCAAAGAUAUCAUUUCCUGCAAGUAUAGACGAAGAUGAUAGCGAGGACAGUGAUGGCGGUUUUGGUCCUGUCAUAUCGGUCGCUGGGGCGAAUGACGAUGAUCCUGGUAUUCCGAGCAUUAGUAUUGGUGUAGCGGAUGAUUCAUCGCCUGUCUUGCCACAAAUUUCGCUCUCGGGCGAAAGCAUAAAGCCCAUGAAGAAACAGAGCCCGCUGGAGCGUCUCAUACGCAAGGGCCCAGGCCUGACGUGCGGCGGCUGCGGCGGCGCGAUUGUGGGUCGCACCGUCAGCGCUAUGGGAGCUCGGUGGCAUCCAGGGUGUUUCCGAUGCUGCGUGUGCGAUGAGCUACUGGAACAUCUUAGCAGCUACGAACACGAGGGCAGAGCGUACUGUCACUUUGAUUACCACGAGUUAUUUGCGCCGAAAUGCUAUCACUGUAAAACUUCUAUCGUUGACGAACGCUUUAUCACGCUCGAUGAUCCCGAGCUCGGAAAGCGCACGUACCACGAGCAGCAUUUCUUCUGCGCGGAAUGUGGUGAUCCGUUCCUCGCUCCGGCUGCCCCCAGCCGUGCGACAUCAGGUGGUCAAAUUUUUUCAGGUGACGGCGAGUUCAGCGGCGGAGGUGAGGAUGAUGUGGGUUUCACAGUGUAUCGAGGUCAUCCAUACUGCGAGGCUUGCCACGUUCGCCUCAGACUUCCCAAGUGUAAACGUUGCAAGAAGCCUAUACGCGACGGCAAGAGGGCCGUGGAGGCGCUCGGCGGCAAGUGGUGCUGGGAGUGUUUCGUAUGCGCGAGUUGUGAACAGCCAUUUGAGGAUCCCUCAUUUUUCCAGAGGGAUGGCGAACCGUUCUGCGAACGCUGUUUCAGCAUAAUGAUCAGGAAUGAGCUGUGA